UUCUUAGAAUCAGAACCAAAUAUCCAUUUUGAAGUAGACAAGUGAGGGAAAAUGGGGUUUCUAAUGGCUUCCUUUUCAAUCGCUCUUGCAUUGUCCAUAAUGUUAUUCAGUUUCCCAUCUGAAAUUUCAGCAAACUCUACUCCAACUCCACCCAGGAAACUUCAAUCCUACACCUCUCCACCAGUAUCAUCACCAGUUCAGUCACCACUUCCACCCAAUGAUCCUUACCCUUAUCCAUCUUCACCACCUCCCCACCAAGUGUACCCCUCUGCACCACCACCAGUUCACUCACCACCUCCACCCAAAGCUCCUUACCAUUACCCAUCUCCACCACCUCGUCACUCUCCUCCACCACCAGUUAGAAGGUGCCCUCCCAAGCCUGUACAUCACUCUCCUCCACCACCGGUUCACACUUCCCCUCCCCAUAUGCCUCGCCCAAUUCACCAUUCUCCUCCACCACCAGUUCACCCUUCCCCUCCCCAUAUGCCUCCCCCAAUUCACCAUUCUCCUCCACCACCAGUUCACCCUUCCCCUCCCCAUAUUCCUCCCCCAAUUCAGCAUUCUCCCCCACCACCAGUUUACCCUUCCCUUCCCCAUAUUCCCCCCCCAAUUCAGCAUUCUCCUCCUCCACCAAUUCAAACUUACCCUCCCCAAAUUCCUAAUCCAAUUUCCCAUUCUCCUCCUCCACCAGGCCAAACUUACCCUCCAUACAUUCCUAACCCAAUUUUCCUUUCUCCUCCUCCACCAUUUCCAAUUUCCCAUUCUCCUCCUCCACCAGUUCAAACUUACCCUCCAAACAUUCCUAUCCCAAUUGACCAUUCUCCUCCACCAGUUCCCAUUAACCAUGCCCCACCUCCUCCACCAUAUCACCAUACCGGAUCUAAUAAGUAGAGAGCGUGAAAGCAGAGAAAGCUAUGGACGGAAGAGCACAUCAUGAGAAACAUACAUAGAAGAGAAACGAAAACUUUUCACUUGUUUCAUUUACUUAUAUUGUGUUUUUAUUGUACUCGACAGUUGUGAGGUACUAUUGUGCCCUCGAUGUAUUUGCAGAGUUGCAGUUGCUUGCAUGCACUGUAACUUUCAAAGGGAUCUAUCUGUAAUUCUGUUUGCAUAUCUAGUUGACGAACCAAUUAAUAUUUAAAAUAAAUAUAUAUCCCCUUUGUCAA